GGUACUGAGUCUCGACAGUAGUAACUACGACUUCGGAUGGUAACCUAGAGAUAUAUAUAUAUAAAACCCCUUGACAGCGGUCUCUCACGGGAUUAUUUUCAACCAGUCUUUCAUCAAUUUCCUUACGAGUUCUUGCUUACUAUUAUGCUACCCUCCGCUCGUUAUGCCCUGGCCUUGGGACUCUGCGCAUUUGGUGCUGUGUCUGCUCAGAGCUAUACCGAGCUCUAUCGCCCACAGUAUCAUUUUACCCCGGCCAAAAACUGGAUGAAUGAUCCGAAUGGCCUGAUCUAUCACAAUGAUAUCUACCACUUGUUUUAUCAAUACAACCCAGGCGGAGCGACCUGGGGAGCCAUGUCCUGGGGCCAUGCCACCAGCAAGGAUUUGAUUCACUGGGAACACCAGCCAGUGGCGCUCCUUGCUCGUGGCUACCCUGAUGCCAUUACGGAGAUGUUCUUUUCCGGAACAGCAGUUGCGGAUGUUGACAACACCAGUGGCUUCGGUACCAAUGGCUCAACUCCUCUCGUGGCCAUGUAUACGUCCUAUUAUCCCCAAGAACAAGUGUUGCCAAGCGGAAAGUCAGUAGCAGCAAACCAACAAGCGCAGUCCAUUGCGUACAGUGUUGACGACGGCAUGACAUGGAAUACAUAUGAUGCUGGAAACCCCGUAAUCGCGGAACUUCCUGCUGAAUACGCAGACCAGAUCCUCGAGUUCCGUGACCCUAGUGUGUUCUGGCAUCAAUCUAGCGGGAAGUGGGUUGCAGUGGUUUCUCUGGCAAAGCUCCAUAAACUGCUUUUUUAUACCUCUACCGACCUCAAAACAUGGAAGUAUGUUAGUGAAUUUGGCCCUGCAAAUGCUGUUGGUGGUGUAUGGGAAUGCCCCAGCAUCUUUCCGCUUCCCCUGGAUGGAGACGACCAGAAUUUGAAAUGGGUUGCUCAAAUUGGCCUUAAUCCUGGAGGACCACCUGGCGUUACUGGCUCAGGGACUCAAUAUAUUGUGGGUUCCUUCGAUGGAACAAGCUUCACUGCGGACCCUGAGAGCGUGCAGCAAACAAACUGGUUGGACUAUGGUCCGGAUUUUUAUGCAGCUCUUAGCUUCUCCGGGCUCCCCACCAACGAUCGUGUCGAUAUUGCCUGGAUGAAUAACUGGCAGUAUGCCGCCGCUAUUCCUACUGAUCCCUGGCGAAGCAGCCUGACCGUGCCUCGGAAACUGUCGCUCGCCACCAUCAAUGGGACCGCAACUGUCGUGCAGCAGCCAAUCGUACAGGAACAGAACAGCAUUCCUAGGCGAUGGAGUUCCAUACCAGCGGGUAUCACCAAACUGAAUGCGACGGGGAAAGCGAUUGACGCCACCUUGAGUUUUUCCAGGUCAACAGCAACCCAGUUUGGCCUUGUUUUUCGGGCCUCGGCAGACAUGAGUGAACAGACCAGUAUCGGCUACGACUUCACCACUGAGCAGCUCUUUGUCAAUCGGACGCAGUCCGGAGAGACUGGUUUUGAUGGCUCUUUCCCGAGUGUCUAUUACGCACCGCUGCACUCAAGUGAUGGUAAUAUCACACUGCGUGCUCUUGUUGACUGGUCCUCUGUCGAGGUCUUUGGAGGUGUUGGGGAAGUUUCGUUGACUGCUCAGAUAUUCCCCAGCGAUGAUUCUGUUGACACCUACCUUUUCUCCACAGGCGGGAGUACUAGUGGAGUUGAACUUAGGGUGCAACAGGCUCAGUCUGUCUGGAACUAAGAGAGUGAUUAGCUCCAGAUGAGAGAAUAAGUGGCUAUCGAAAUGUAAUAUGUAGUUUUGGGUGCGGUCAAGGAUUUAUGUAACAAAAUUCAAGAAAACAAAUGGGUUCUCUUGACAUGGUACGCAGGAUAUAAUAUUGCGAUUUGAUACUAGCGCUAGAAACGCCGUCCUUUUAGAGCCAGACAGGUUCCACUACAUUUAAUCCACAGAGCCAAUAUUAGUUACCUUAAUUGCCUUGGUAGAGCGUGGGUAUUUGCAGGGGCAGGGUGUGCCCAGCUGACAUCAACCAUGCGGGAAAGUUACUGAAAGUGAGAGUACGCAGAUGUGAAUAGACGCUAUCGUGUGGGUACGAAGUAGCGCAUAAGUAUAACCUUGAGAAUUAAAUCAUGCCGGAACUCGACAGUAGAAUUGACGCGGUUCUGCCAUCCCCAAACGGAGUUACAACUGCCUUGGCAUGGGGAUAUGGGCCUCGUUUGACCUUCCGACACCGGGGACAGAUCAACACACGGUAGGACACUUCUCUCCGGGUGACAUGUUUUCGAUGCUGCGGGCCUAAACCUGACUAAAUCUAGGCCAACGUUAUGACUGCCGCAGGCCAAUCCAACCCCAUAUCUUAGAGUAUUUAAGUCAAUUGGGACCUAAUUGAUUUGCUAGAGCCGAAUCAACGAGUCUCUGAUCACAUCU